UUGUUCCUCCUGGUAUUCAGUACACAUUGGAGAGAAACAUGAGCAAAUCUCAACAACCCAUGAUGGAUAUGGAAGGUGUUCACUGCAGUGAUGGAUGGGGUAAACCAGCUUUCAUUGAAACACAUCAACAGGUAUUUGUUCCAAGAGAAGAGAGCAUGUAUCCAGGUUAUAGAGAACUAAACAGUGCUGACCAAUUUAGUGAAAUGUCAACAUUAUCAUCUCAUAAUGAUAGUGGUCAUGGAUGGAGUGUCGGUAGUGCUGGACAUUAUGAAGAACUACCAGAUCUGUGCCGUUACCAAAGUGAUCUCACAUGGAUUAGGAGAAAUCGACUUCCACACACACUGAACAGAUCAAAGGGAGAUAACAAUGGCUAUCCCUUUCAACCAGACGCCGAUAUGGACUCUUCCUAUAAUCAAAUACCCUUGACUAUAAUUGGGACCACAUCGAAUAUAGCUAAACAUCCAUCUACGGUAGCAAGGACAAACGACUUUACUUCAAGUAGUAAAGUACCUCUAUCAGCUGUACCAAAGGUAAAAACAUUGCCAAGGGUACCUCCAGUACCUCCUGUGACAACACUAAACAACUAACACCAUACUUGAAAAAAACAAAAACAAUGAAAACAAACAAAACAAUACCUAAAGUGCUUGAAAAAUA